AUGAAGAUUCAAAGUUUUUCAACAGCGCUUCUGCUGCUGCAUGGAGCUCGCGCGGAUGCAGCAUCCAGCGGCCAGAAGGAAAUCGAAUGGAGUGACUGUGCCGAGCUCAACAGCACCGAACCCAUCCAGUGCGCAAACUUGACGAUGCCUCUCGACUACACCUCGCCCAACUCAAGUAAGACACUGGAUUUACAACUUCUCCGCAUUCCUGCCACUCGGCAGCCCUCAAAGGGUAGCAUCUUGUUCAACUUUGGCGGUCCUGGUGUAGCUGGACGACCUACCAUGGCUGGACUUGGAGGGGCUCUCAGGAAUGCUACCAGCGAGUAUCAUGACCUCGUCACGUUUGACCCACGUGGAACUGGAAACACGAUCCCAUUCAGCUGUUUCGAGGACCAAGAUGAGUUAAACGCCUACAUCCUCCGCAACCCUAAAGCAUGGGCCCUCAUGACUUCCCCGAACUUCUCGUCCAACUCCUCAGACGUGACUCCAGGUAGGCUCUGGGCCUCCACGAAGCUCCUUGUCGACAAGUGCUAUGAGAAGAACCAGGAGAUUGGCGGCCUGUAUGGCACUGCGUUUGUGGCCAGGGACAUGAUGCAGAUUGUGGAUGCUCUGGGUGAAGAUGGCCUGUUGAGAUAUUGGGGUUACUCUUACGGGACUAUCUUAGGCCAGACGGCGGCUGCCAUGUUCCCCGACAGAAUUGACAGGAUGGUCCUAGACGGAAAUCUUAACGGUCAUGAAUACUACAACGCUUGGGACGACGAGCAAUGGGCGAGUGCCGACGAAGCCUUCAGCGCCGUCUUCCAAUCAUGCGUCGCAAGUCCGUCCACUUGCCCCUUAGCCCACCGAAAUCAGACCGCCCAAGAGCUCGAAGAUGCAACUUAUGCCCUCAUGAACAACCUCAACUCCCGCCCCAUUCCUUUCAACGGCACUUGGAUCGACUACAAUGUCGUCAAGGCGGGCAUCAUGUCUGCUUUGUAUAACCCGGCCUAUUGGCCCCUUCUCACACGGGGUCUGGACGCACUGAUGUCCGGAAACUACACUCUCUUCACAGAGAUGUCUGCUAAGUUAUCGUCGUCAUAUGACAACAUCGGCACAAGUUCCGAUGCGCAGCUACAAAUCAGAUGUGGCGAUAAGAUUGCACGGGUAGACACGCUUGACGAGUUUCUUCCCAUAAUGGACAGACAGGUACGCAGCAGCAAGAUCUUUGGCGAUAUCCAGAUCAUCUUGGAGAUGAUUUGCGCUCAGUGGAGGCUGAACGCGAAGGAGCGAUAUGCUGGGGAUUUUGCCGUGAAGACGAGGCACCCGCUAAUGUUCAUCGGGAACACGGCUGACGCGUUUGCGCCACUUGUUUCGGCCAAGAACAUGAGCGAUGCCUUUGAAGGGAGCAGGGUGUUGCAUGUUGAUGGAUAUGGGCACGGCUCUUUUGGGGUAUCGAGGUGUGCGGCGCUGGCUACGGCCGAUUACUACGUGAAUGGGACGUUGCCCAAGGAGGAUGCGUUUUGUGAGCUGGAUGUCCCCAUCUUGUAG